CAAAAAUCGAAAUUUAAGCCCUCAAAGUAAUUAAUUUUCAGUCAACAUGUUGGUUUACCAAGAUCUUCUCACUGGGGAUGAGCUUCUCUCUGAUUCUUUCCCGUACAAAGAAAUCGAGAAUGGAAUUCUCUGGGAAGUCGAAGGGAAGUGGGUUGUUCAAGGAGCUGUCAAUGUCGAUAUUGGGGCUAACCCUUCAGCCGAAGGCGGAGAUGAAGACGAAGGUGUCGAUGACCAAGCCGUCAAAGUUGUCGACAUCGUCGACACUUUCAGACUUCAAGAGCAACCCGCGUUCGACAAGAAGCAAUUCGUAACCUUUGUGAAGAGGUACAUCAAGAACUUGACACCCAAGUUAGAGCCCGAAAAGCAAGAGACAUUCAAGAAGAACAUAGAAGGCGCUACUAAAUAUUUGCUUUCCAAGAUCAAAGAUUUCCAAUUCUUUGUGGGUGAGAGCAUGCAUGAUGAUGGUAGCCUGGUCUUUGCAUACUACAAAGAAGGCGCCACCGAUCCCACCUUCCUAUACUUUGCCCAUGGCUUGAAGGAAGUCAAGUGUUAACCGAGUCUCAACACCCGGUAUCGGACCGGCUUUGCUAUAUAUAGCUGAAUUUAGUUUAAUUCUAGAUACAAGUAGUUCUAAACUAUAUAUCUAUUGUUUUCUUAGCUAAUUUAGAUCAUUUGAUAUAUGGAUAUGCUUGAAACUAAGUUUUGGUUGUGA